AUGGCUGCAACAUUUAAUUGCAUUCGUUCCAUUAAUCAAUCUCGUGAGGAUUGGAAGAUCAAAGUAUGCAUUGUUCGAUUGUGGUCUAUUGCUCCUCAUGCUGUUUCAAACGAGCCUACAUCACUUGAGAUGGUUUUGCAGGAUGAAGCUGGUGAUCGAAUUGGAGCUUUUGUUAGGAAAGGAGUUGCUCGUCACCAUUCUCGAUUUCUUCGUGAAGGUCGUGCCUUUAUUCUCAUGCAAUUUGGUGUUGUUGAGAAUUCUGGAUCAUACAGGACCACACACCAUGCUUUUAAAGUGAUGUUUCAAUAUUCGACUACUGUGCGACCUGUGGUGGAUAACAAUAAGAUCCAUUCUCAUGGCUUCUACUUUACCCCAUUUAGUGAUAUCAUAUGCGGUGAUUCAAGGGAGGAAUAUUUAGUUGAUAUCAUAGGGAGACUUGCUGCAGUUGGGGAGAUUCAAAAAGUUGUUGUCAAUGGACGACAGGAGCAAAGGCUUGAUAUAUUAUUGGAUGAUGAUAAGAGAAAUUACCUUGAAGUUACUUUAUGGGGUGCCCUUGCCAAUGAUGUUCUUCGCUAUAUGAAAGGCCCCACACAUUGUCCCAUCAUUGUGAUUGUCCAGUGGUGCAAGAUACGAGUUUUCAAGGGGAUUAAGAAAGUUUCCAACUCUCUUUUCGCUUCCCAUUUGUUCAUCCAUCCUACCAUGGAUGAAGUCAGCACCUUUGUUGAAAGUGUUGACACCGAGCGGGGAUGGUAUUAUAUCGGCUGCCAAAAGUGUGCAAAAAAGGUUCUUCCUGAUGGCGAUGGUUUUUACUGUGACAAGUGUAAUGAGUUCGUCAAGUCUGUGUCUCUAAGGUUUCGUGUGUGGUGUCGUGUUUAUGAUGCAUCUAGCUCAACUGAUGUUCUUAUCUUUGACAAGGAAUUUGCUGCCUUCAUAAAAUGCUCUGCUGCUGAACUAAAAGAAAUGGAUGUAACUGGUGUAUGUGAAGGUAAUGGCUUUGAUAAGAUAAUAGGGAAAAAGUUCCUUUUCCGUGUUAGAAUUUUAGAGGAUUAUGCUAAGGGCCUCCCUUGUGGCAUUAUAGUAAAUGGAAUGACUGAUGAUGAAAACACUGUGAAGAGUUUUCUAGAUGAAUGGGAUCAACAAGCGCCUUCACCUAAAUGUGUAGCACAAACACCCUCAAUUGAGAAAAAUGAAUCUACUGAAGAUAGUUCCUCAACCAUUACUCCAUCAGAAGUUAUUGAAGUUGGAUCUGCCAAUGGUGAUGAGAAUGUUGAAAAGUCUCAUAUUGCGUACAACUUGCGCAAGGGGAAGAAGAUUAAGUUGGAAGCAAAUGAGGAGUGA